UCAGCCCGCGCCGCCAUAUUGGAGGAGAAGCCGCCCCCGCCAGCUCGGCUUCCGCAGGGGGGACGGCAACCACCGCUGCCUCCGCCUCCUCCGCCGCGGCCGGGCCCGCUGCCCAUGACUGCCCGGUGCGGAUAGGGCGGAGGUGGGAGCGGUUCCCGUCCCUUCUCCUGCCGCCCUCCCGAGCUGUCGCCCGAGCCCCUCUCCCCGCGGCCGGCCUCUGCCCUCCCGCCGCCUCCAGCCAUGACUUCCCUGACCCAGCGCAACUCCGGCCUGGUGCAGCGCCGGACCGAGGCCUCCCGCAGCGCCGCCGCCGCCGACAAGGAGCGGGGAGCGGGGGGCGGCCCGGAGGAUGAAGGCCGCAGGGACGAGUCCGGCGACGACGAGAAGGGCGACUCCAAGGAAACGCGGCUCACCCUCAUGGAGGAAGUGCUGCUUCUGGGCCUCAAGGACCGUGAGGGUUACACAUCAUUCUGGAAUGAUUGCAUCUCCUCAGGAUUGCGUGGCUGUAUGUUGAUCGAAUUGGCAUUGCGAGGGCGUCUUCAGCUAGAGGCUUGUGGAAUGAGGCGCAAAAGUCUAUUAACAAGAAAGGUGAUUUGCAAGUCAGAUGCUCCUACAGGGGAUGUUCUGCUUGAUGAAGCUCUGAAACACAUAAAAGAGACCCAGCCUCCUGAAACAGUACAAAAUUGGAUUGAACUGCUUAGUGGUGAAACAUGGAACCCAUUGAAGUUGCACUACCAACUACGAAAUGUCCGUGAACGGUUAGCUAAAAAUCUAGUGGAAAAAGGUGUACUGACAACAGAGAAACAGAACUUCCUUCUUUUUGACAUGACUACGCACCCUCUCACCAACAAUAAUAUCAAACAGCGCCUCAUCAAGAAGGUUCAAGAAGCAGUCCUUGACAAAUGGGUGAAUGACCCCCACCGCAUGGACAAGCGCUUGCUGGCACUCGUUUAUUUAGCCCAUGCUUCAGAUGUUCUGGAGAACGCUUUUGCCCCUCUUUUGGAUGAGCAGUAUGAUUUAGCCACAAAGAGAGUGCGACAGCUUCUGGAUCUAGACCCUGAGGUUGAAUGUAUGAAAGCCAACACGAAUGAGGUUCUGUGGGCUGUUGUAGCAGCUUUCACAAAAUAACUGUGUUCAGACUGAAGUGUUCUCUCUUCUUUCAUGUAAACCAGUUUUCUCUUCUAUUGACUAUUCAUGUUUUCUGUAAUUUGUACCUUCUCACAUGAUGAAUUGGCUCUUGUUUAAUGGGAACUAUAAGUGGCGUAUUUCCCUCCUCUGUGUAUCUGUGUACAGGAUUCUGCUGGUACAAGAGACCUGCCUGUUUAAAAACAACAGAAAAAUGUUCUACUGCCAUAUUGGCAUUCCAUUUCCUAUUCAGUUUGAGUUAUCUGAAACACUUUGUUUAAUCUAUUUUUCAUCUUACUGUUAUUGAUGUGGUUUAAUACAGAAAGCACCUCAAGGAGGAAAAGUGCAUGCAGUUGGACCGCUAGUCUCAGCUGACAGAUGUGUGCAUGCAUCAAUACUUCCGUAGUACAAUUCAUAACAGAUUUAAAAGGGCCUUUUUAAAUCACCAAAGCUCCAUGUUGAAGGGUCUGUCAGGACAUUUUAUACACAGAUGUUUUCUCAGCGCUAUCUAACAAAAUUAUUUUAAAAGCAGAAAUGCCAUUAAGCAGCUUUGUCAAUAGUUCCUGUAAAAUGCCCUGUAAGUUUUACUUUUCAUACAAGUCUCUGUGUACUUAUAUUUUCAUUAGAAUGAUAGCUGAGUCAUAAGGCUAGUAUAGAAUGGUCCAAUUGUUUCAUAAACCAGUUUUGGGAUGGGAUACAUUCCAUAUAUUGUAUGUAUAGUUCAAAUUGUAUAUUAACAACUGCCCCAUCUUAGUAUUUUGCAAGAUCUACGUAGGUGUACACCUGGUGCCCCUUAUAUUUGCUGUCAGCCCUUGCCAUUUGAUGGAAAGAAAGGCCUCCUGUAAAGAACGUGUAUGUGAAAGUUGUUUGUUUCCAGUGUCUACAGAGUGUGCCAUCCAGGUAUUCUCAGUCUAUGCAUUGCCUUUGAUAAUUAGUCUAUGGAAAGAGACCGCUUUCUGUCAUUGAUUGUACUUCUCCCCCCCGCUUCCUGUAUGGAGGAGGCUCAUGACAAUACAAUUCUUGAGUGCAGUUUUCAGUUUUGUACACAAACUAAUGUUUGUCUCUUAAACAUCAUAAUCUACACUUUAAAAACAAAAAUUCAGUCCUAGCAGGUGUUGCAUGUAAAUGAUUAGCAAGUAAUAACUACAGUUCAGAUGAUUAAGAUUUCUGUAAUGGGACACUCUGCUAUAUUUUUAUUUCUUUAUAUAAAAUUAUGCAGAUUAGCACUCUACUGCAAAAAAAACUUCGGGUUUUAAAAAUUUGUUGCCUCUUUGCCACUGCUUGUUAUCUCCCGUUGGUUUCACGGUGUAAAUAUGCAUUGAAAAAAUUAAGUAUUGAUUUUUUUUCUCCUCAUAACAAUGCAGAUUAAUAGUGGGGCUUACAGGUGUUUAGAAACUUUUUUGUUAAUAUUCAGAGCAAGAAUACUAGAUGGUGUAUAACUGUAGAGUUGAAAUUUAAGGGAUCCCUUAAUCUGUAUACUAGCUUUUUACCUACAGUAAAUAAACUAUGAUCUUGAAAGUGCCUGAAACAGA